GGAUCGUGUCUCUGAUCUCUCUGGCGGUCCUGUCCUACGACCGGUACAGCACCCUGAUGGUGUGCAACAAGCGGGCUCCGGACUACAGGAAGCCCCUGCUGGCGGUGGGCGGGUCUUGGCUGUACUCUGUGGCGUGGACCGUGCCCCCCCUGCUGGGCUGGAGCAGCUAUGGUCUGGAGGGGGCCGGGACCGGCUGCUCCGUUGCUUGGACCCAGAAGUCUUCGAGCUCUCAGUCAUACAUCAUCUGCCUGUUCGUGUUCUGUCUCGGCCUCCCCGUCCUCGUCAUGGUCUACUGCUACAGCCGCCUGCUGCACGUCGUCAAACAGGUGGGGCGUAUCCGGCGGAUGGCGGCCCGUCGCAGAGAGUUUCACAUCCUGUUCAUGGUCGUCACCGCGGUGGUGUGCUACCUGCUCUGCUGGAUGCCGUACGGCGUCGUUGCCAUGAUGGCCACCUUCGGCCAGCCGGGAGUCAUCAGCCCUGUCGCCAGCGUCGUCCCGUCACUCCUCGCCAAGAGCAGCACCGUCAUUAACCCCGUCAUCUACAUCCUUAUGAACAAACAGUUCUACCGCUGCUUCCUGAUCCUGUUCCGCUGUAAACACCAGCUGACUGAGACCAGACCCUCCUCCAUACCCUCAAAGACCACCAUGGUCCAGCUCAACCGUAGACCUGGACCCGCUGGCUCCAUGACGCUCUCCGGACCCGUAGCGCCCGACAUGGAUCGAACCAGCGCCGCCGUGUCCAACAGGACCGCAGAGCCUCUGGAGACGUCCUCCUGAGACCUCAUCCUAUUGAUUACCUCCUGCUGGGACUCACGGCCCCGCCCCCAACAGUGUCAUGUGCUACCUUGGCUCCGCCUCCUGAAAGCGGGUCAGUGUGUGUGAUGUCAUCCCAGGUGUGACCCAGUGUGUCUGUGAUGGUUUGAGCUGACUGCAGGUACGGAGGUCAAAGUGUGUGAAAACAUUUACACACAAAGAAAAACAAUCUGUGUUUAUUUGUGUGUAAAUGUUGUUGUUUGUAUUUUACAUUUACCAACAUAAUGAUAAUAAUGCGUUAUUUAUGUAAGAGAAUUAUAAACAUAAACAUUUAUUACAUUUAAUCUGUGAAGUCAAAGCUUACAUUAGCUAACAUUAGCUUACAUUAGCUAACAUUAGCGUGUGUGUUGUGGACGGCGGCUACAUUAGCGGCUAGCAGAGUCGAGGAAGAGUCUGUGAUCUUAAAAGGGUUCAAUGAUGAAGAUUAGUUGAUCAGAACCAGACAAUCUGUGGAACCACUUCAUUAUAAUUCUGACUGUCACAUUAAGACUAAACCGAUCAGUUCCAAUCAAUCAUUAUUUCUGACCUGCAGACUUUAAUGUAGUCCUACAUUGUACAGGACUAUUAAUGAUCAAUAAUGUAUUGAAUGAUGAUGUUCAACUCUUUAAAAUAUUAAUUCAUGUUUGAUUGAUCGCACAUUGUGUUACAGUCUGAUCAAUAAUCGAUCUGAUUAGUUUUCUAUGGUCUCUGUGGGUGGAAACAAAUAAAGUUCAGUGAACUCGU